UCCUAACUUGCAUUUUAUCACGUAAGAUUCAAACCUCUCCGGUCUAUUCUUCCGAUCGUAGUAGGGGAUUUUUCUUUUUCUUAAUUCCUCUUUCACCUUUCAUCUUUGUGCUUCCUAUUUUCUUUUUUCUUUUUGAACGUGUUUCUUUGAAAUAUCUAGUUUUGUUUCAUUAUGGAUGCGACUAUGUAGGACUUGUGGAAGAAGUUUAAGCUUUCUGAAGAGGAGAAUGGAGUUUUAGCGGUUAGUUAUCAAGAUUUAGCUGGUUCUAAACAACAUGCCCAGUUUAGCCUUUUAUGCAGAUUGCAGACCAAUAAAAAUCUUAAUAAGGAGGCUCUCAAGUCUACUUUUCAACAGCUAUGGCGAGGCUCGCAUGGUGUAACUAUUAAAGACGUGGGGUCAAUUCAUUCUUGGCUAUCUUUGUAACAGAGGAGAGCAUGAAUGAUGUUUGGGAUAGAAGUCCGUGGUCUUUUGAUAAGAGACUUACUUUGUUGAAGCGUUUUAAUGGGGAUCUUUGUCCAGCUAAGGAGAUUGGCAUUCCCUUGGUGGUUGAUGCUUUGAAGAGUGGCCUUGCUUGGGGCCCUUUUCUUCGUAUUCGGGUAGACAUUGACAUCACAAAACCUUUGAUGAGGGGAAAGAUGAUUCAUAUUGAAGAUGUGGAAGAAGGAUGGGUCUAUUUUAAAUAUGAAAGAUUGCCUACUUUCUGUUAUUGUUGUGGUAUCCUUGGGCAUCAAGAUCGUGAAUGUCGGACAAUUCAAAAAGGUUGCCUUUCCUCGGAGGAGGAUGAUCUUCAAUAUGGCCCAUGGCUUCGCGCUAUGGCCCCAAAAACUCGUCAAAGGAAAAAGAAUUUCAAUCAGCCCAAAUCCUCUGAUAAUGACAAUGAAGACACGCAGGUCUCUGAAGGAGAAGAUGGGGAUGGUGAGCCAUCUCCAAGCCGCCACCAACAGAUCAUUCAACCAUUGACCGGAAAGUCUACUACAAGAACAACCUGUCAACAAAUGGGUGACUCUGCUAAAUGGUUGGAGGGUCCGGAUAAUUUGAAGUUUUUGAAUCCAAUUCAAACUUCCAAAUUAGAGCGGGAUAAAAUUUUACCUAUUCCCAAAAAUCCCAAAGAUCUUGUCUUUUAUUCAAAAUCAAUUUCCAAGUCUCCACAGGGUCCACAAGAAAGUGCUCCGGAAAUUCCCUACUCUACUGUGUUCCCUCCUCUGGAUAAAUCCAAGCAUAUCUUUGAGGAUAGACUUUCAAAAACAAAUCAUCCAGCAAAUACCAAGAAGGCCACGUUACCUGGGAAACAAGUAGUUGAGGAUAAGGAAAAAUUGUUGGUUUUUGAAGGAAACAAGUAGUUGUGGUGAACAAUCCUCACAUUU